AUGGGCUCGGACGCCUGGGUGGGCCUUUGGCGGCCACACCGGCCCCGCGGCCCCAUCGCGGCGCACUACGGAGGCCCCGGGCCCAAAUACAAGCUGCCGCCCAACACCGGCUACGUCCUGCAUGACCCGUCGCGGCCCCGCGCCCCCGCCUUCACCUUCGGCGCGCGCCUCCCCACGCAGCAGACGACUUGCAGCCCCGGGCCCGGCCACUUGGUGCCCGCCCGCAUGACCGUGCGCGGCCCCGACGGCGCCCCCGCCUACUCCAUCUACGGCCGCCCGCGCCGCUCUGCGCCCGUCCUCACUCCGGGACCUGGCACGUACUUCCCGGAGCGAGCGGGGAACGCGACGUACCCCAGUGCGCCUCGGCACACCAUUGCUUCCCGAAACUGGGGUGUCCAGGGGGAGCAACAGAGCCCAGGUCCCGCGGCCUAUACUGUGCCCUCGCUCUUGGGUCCGCGCGUCAUCGGCAAAGUCUCCGCCCCAACUUACUCCAUCUAUGGCCGCAGAGCGGCUGGCAGUUUCUUCGAGGACCUCAGCAAGACCCCGGGCCCCUGCGCCUACCACGUCGUGAGUCCAGGGGUCUACAAGUCCCGGGCCCCCCAGUUCACGAUGCUGGCGCGGACUUCGGUCCCCCAAGACAACACUCGGAAGCCAGGGCCCGCGGCCUACAACGUGGAUCAGCACCGGAAGCCCCGCGGCUGGAGUUUCGGGAUCCGGCACUCGGACUACCUGGCCCCGCUGGUGACCGACGCGGACAACUGACCCGCCAGGCGGGAGCGGCCCCACACUUGUUUGCUUAAAGUCUGCGAGUCCG